AGAUAAAUGUCCAGCAGGAAAAUAAGAGGCUUGAAUGUCCUUUCGUAAACACCCGGCAGGGGGCGCCCGAUGGCGCGGCCGCGUAGGAAGUGGAGGAGGGAGGAGAACACGAGAGAGCCCGUCACGGAGCAAACCAAAAAACACUUCUGAGGAAUGCAGGGAUCCGGUCUAGUAAAUGAGGGAGGGGAAAAAAUAGAAAAAAGCAAAACAAAACCAGUAGCAGCAGACAAUGGCACGACAGAGCAGGACUAGACAGAAUGACUACACAUGGGCUGUAGUCGAACGACGAUCUGGCACCGAUUGGCGCGACAGACGGGAAUAAAUAGAGGAAGAGAUGGACAAACAUUGAAUGCAGAUACAGAUGGAGGAGUUUGAGAUUCCUGGAAGAGGAGCAGACAGGAGUCUAAACACUAUCCCUAUUGCUGACAACAAAAAAGCUCUUAUUUGUCUUAUGAAACAAACACCAUGAGCAUAUCAUGAUAGCUAGUUCCUUUCCUGAACUUCCACUUCAUUCACAGUGAUAUCAUUGAUUUUAAAUGAUUUCACAGAUACUAUUUAAACUGAACUAAUCUGAAUUAUGACAUCACUGAAUUCAUUAAUGAACUGCCUUUAACUGUCAUUUUGCAUUAUUGACACACUGUUUUCCUAAAUAAUGUUGUUCAGUUGCGUUGACACAGUCAGUUUUGUAUAAAGCGCUAUAUACAGUAAAUAAAGGUGACUUGUCUUGACUGUAAUGAGUCUAAUUUUCAUUGUUUGAUUUCACUUAAAAACAACAACUGCUUUGAGACCGAGCUGAGGUUGUGAUGAUGCUCUGCACCACUAGAGGCAGAAGAAGACAAGACAAAACCAAGAGUCACCUUGACCAGCUGAGUAAAUGAAAGUAAAAGAAAGGAGAAUAUUCUGAGGGUUUCAAUCUAUGCCUGGACUCUUAAGUGGCAGCUGAUUGUGUUUCAGACCCUGCAGCAGCAGGCCCCUCAUCAUGGCCAGGUGAAAGCAGUGACAGUGAGGUGGAUGUGACAGUGGGACAAGGUCUGAGGUCAUACUUUUUGAGACACAAGAGCAGGAAGACAGUGCUUCAAACAUGAGCUUCCAUGAGAAAAGAGACAAUGAAGACACUAUGUCUGAAAUGAGAUCUCCUUCUCCCAGAUCAAGCUAUGCAUCUUUGUCUGAUAAUUCAAUACACAAUCUGCCCCCUGACAUCAGUGAUGCAACAGAGACCUCCAGUGCCUCCAGAAACAACAGGAAGAAAAGAUCAAAAUCUCCAGAACCCAGCGGUGUCUCUAUGAAUAGCACAAGAUCCAUGAAUUUUCCCAUUGAAUUCAGAGCUAGAACAGUGACUUCUGCCCCACUCAUUGAGGAGAUAGAUGACACAAUUGCAUCCUACGAUCAGACACACAUCAAGCAGAAAAGAACUGAAGCGGUCCUGCACAGAGUCAAAGACCAGCACAAAACCAGCAUGAAAAACAAGUUUGGCUUCUUAUUUGAGGGAAACAAACUACAAGAGAAUGAAACCCUCUUGAACAGGAUCUACACACAGCUCUACAUUAUAGAAGGAGAGAGAGAAGGAGUGAAUGAAGAACAUGAGGUUUUAAAGAUGGAGAAAUCAUCCAGAACACAACACUCACAACAAAAUCCAAUAAACUGUAAUGACAUCUUCAAAGCCUUAUCUAAACCAGAAUAUGAGGAGAAAGACAAAAUCAAGACUGUUCUUACUAAAGGCAUCGCUGGAAUUGGAAAAACUGUCUCUGUGCAGAAGUUCAUUCUAGACUGGGCAGAGGGAGAAGCCAAUCAGGAUGUAGAUUUCAUGUUUGUGCUUUCAUUUCGAGAGCUGAACUUGAUUCAAGAUCGUCAGUUCAGUCUUCACAGACUCCUGCUGGACUUCCAUCCUGAGCUUCAAGAUCUGGACUCAAAGAUUUAUGAGGAGUGUAAAGUUGUGUUUAUUCUAGAUGGUCUGGAUGAAAGCAGAAAGUCACUGUUUUCAGAUGAUGAGAAAGUUUGUGAUGUGAAUGAGUCUUCAUCAGUGGGUGUGUUGAUGUCAAACCUCAUCAGAGGAGAUCUGCUUCCCUCUGCUCUCAUCUGGAUCACCUCCAGACCAGCAGCUUCCAAUCAGAUCCCCUCCAAAUACAUCAACCGUGUGACAGAAAUUCAAGGUUUCAAUGACCCUCAGAAAGAGGAAUAUUUCAGGAAAAGAAUCAGUGAUGAGCAUCAAGCCAGCAGAAUCAUCUCACACAUCAGAAGAGCAAGAAGCCUCCACAUCAUGUGCCACAUCCCCGUCUUCUGCUGGAUCUCAUCCACUGUGAUUGAGAAGCUCCUGAAAGAAGAUCUGAGUGCAGAAAUCCCUCAAACUUUUACUGAAAUGUACAUCCACUUCCUGCUGACUCAACUGAGCAAGUAUGAAGAGAGAGAUCCACAGAAACUCCUAAAGACCAAAAAUGAAGAGAUUGUGAAACUUGCUGAAGUGGCUUUCAAGCAGCUGAUGAAAGGCAAUGUGAUGUUCUAUGAGGAGGACCUGAGAGAGAGCGACUUAGACAUCACUGAUGCGUAUUCUGGGAUUUGUACUGAGAUCUUUAAGGAAGAAUCUGUGAUUCAUCAGAGAAAAGUCUACUGCUUCAUUCAUCUGAGUGUUCAGGAGUUUCUCGCUGCUUUCUAUGUGUUUAACUGCUAUUUAAGCAGCACCAUGGAAGCCCUUAAGAACUUUGAUUCAAUGCACAAUUUGCAUAAAGGUGCAGUAGAUAAAGCCUUAGAAAGUAAAAAUGGGCAUCUGGAUCUGUUCCUACGGUUCCUGCUGGGCAUCUCACUGGAGUCCAAUCAGAGACUCUUACAGGAUCUACUGACAAACACAGAGAACAGCUCAGAGAGCAUCAGGAGAACCACACAGUACAUUAAAGAGAAGAUUGAAGAUGAAAAUGGACUCUUCACUGAAAGAUCUAUCAAUCUGUUCCUCUGUCUGCUGGAAGUCAAAGAUCAGACUCUGUCCACAGAAAUUCAGGAGUUUGUGAAAUCAGAGAAACACAAAGAAAAAAAACUCUCUCCAUCUCACUGCUCAGCAAUCGCCUACAUGCUUCAGAUAUCAGAGGAGGUGCUAGAUGAGCUGGAUCUCAAGAAAUACAACACAUCAGAUGAGGGCAGAAGAAGACUGAUACCAGCAGUGAUCAACUGCAGAAAAGCUCUUCUUGCUGGCUGUAAUCUCACUGGUCAAUCAUAUGAAAUUGUGUCAUCAGCUUUACAAUCCUCAAACUCUGUCCUGAGAGAGCUGGACCUGAGUAACAAUGACCUGCAGGAUUCAGGAGUGAAGCUACUCUCUAAUGGGCUGAAGAGUCCAAAAUGUCAGCUUAAGAUAUUAAGGUUGUCUGGCUGUAUGGUGACAGAGGAAGGCUGUCAUUAUCUGUCUUCAGCUCUGAGUUCAAACCCCUCACACCUGAGAGAGCUGGAUCUGAGCUACAAUCACCCAGGACAAGCAGGAGUCCAGCUGCUUUCUGACAAACUGAAGGAUCAAAACUGCUCACUAAAAAUACUCAAUUUAGACCAUGGCGAGCAUUUCAGGAUCCGACCAGGUCUACAGAAAUAUUUCUGUGAUCUCACACUGGAUCCAAACACAGCAAACACUCAACUCAUUCUGUCUGAGAACGGAGAGGUGAAAUAUGUGGAACAGCCGCAGCCGUAUCCUGAUCAUCCAGAGAGAUUUAAAGAUAUUCCUCAGGUUCUGUGUCGAGAGAGUCUGACUGGACGUCAUUACUGGGAGGUUGAGCGGACUGGCUGGGCUCGUAUAGCAGUGGCCUACAAAACAAUCAGCAGAGAAGGGACUGUAGGUAAGUUAGGAUACAAUAACAAGUCCUGGUGUCUUCUCUGCCUUAAUGAUGGAUUUGUUUUCUGGCACAACAAUCAGAACAAAAACAUUCCUGCUCCUUCACCCUUCUCUGAAAGAGUAGGAGUGUAUCUGGACUGGCCGGCCGGCAUUCUGUCCUUCUACAGUGUCUCUGACACACACACACUCACACACUUACACACAUUCAGCACCACAUUCACUGAACCCGUCUAUGCUGGAUUUAAGGUUUUUGAUUCCUUACUCUCACUUUGUAAGAUUACACAACAGACAAACUACUGACUUCUACUUCUACUUAUUUCCUAAUCAUGGUCACAUAUCCGUUUAUGAAAAUAUUUGUUGUAUGAGGUAUAUAAUUUAUGAAUUUAACUGAAAUAGUAAAUGCAUGUUGUACUUUCAAAUAUUGUUACACGUGUAAAAUUACUAUGUACUGUAUAUUCAGUCCCACUUUAUAUUAGAUGACUUUAAUUACUACUUAUGUUAAAAAAAAAAAAAAAAAAAACCUUACUGUCUUGAUGUUGUAUUGCAAAACACAGUUUAUGUUAUUGAUGUGGGAUACGGGUGAGGUUAAGGACAGGUUUUUUGGUAUAGUUAAGUUUGAGUGAUGGUUAAGGGAUAUGGAGAGGGUCAACAGUGGAAUUAUAGACGUAACUACAGAAAUUAGAAACAGAAGUAAUAUUUAUGAUUAAUAAGAGAGCAUAUUUAAGAGAGCAAAUACACAUUUGUGUUGUACAUCAUUCAAGUUAUUUCUUUAUCUCUUCCACCUUACUACCUACACAUGUCAUAUUAUGCACUGCAGUCAUUUCAAUCAUUUGUGUUGUUUCUCUUACUGUAAUCCUGACUGUAUGUUGAGUAUGUUGGGUAUAAUAAAGCUUGUUGAAUUUAUUUUAAUCAGACAAUGUUUAACUGAACACGAAAAGAGAUGCAACUAAGAUGACUCAAUAAAAUAUCUACUAUUUAACUAACUACUAUCACUUCAUCUCCUGAAUUCUGAACGCACCAGCUGCUUCCUGCUUUUGGGCUGACAGAAUUAUUUUUAUUUUUAUUUUUAUUUUUUAGCAAUUUGAUAAGUGUGGUAUUUUGAACUGCAGAGUCACUGAGAUCCUCCUGUCUUCUCAGACUCGAAUAUGAGACAAAAGUGAAUGAACCGGUUUCUCCAGAUGUACGAUCUAUUCCUGCAGUGUGUUCACUGUAAAUCUGCUGUUUAAUGUAAAUCUCUGUGUUUACUGUAUAUUUUAUAAUGAGCAACUUGUCCCUUUUCUACCCACAGAGUCCAGUCUAACACAAUACAGAUCAUGUACCUUCAGUGUCUUCAUUA